AUGGAAGCAGUACAUGACGUCAUCGUUCUGACAGAGACCUGGCUCGACGAUCAAAUUUUCUCCACUCAACUUUUCGGACAUCUGUAUACCGUUUUUCGUACCGAUCGGUCCCCGGCUAACAGUCAUAAAACUCGCGGAGGUGGUGUCUUGAUAGCUGUGUCUAAAAAAUUGGAUUGUUACAUCGAUCCCUCACCGAUCUCUGACACCAUUGAACAGCUUUGGAUUGUCGUUAAGCUGCCACAAGUUGCUGUCAGUAUUGGUGUGAUUUACCUGCCCCCAGAUCGGAAAAAUGAUUUUAUGGGCAUAUGUGCACAUGUAGACUCAUUGAGCUCGAUUUCAUCACGUUUCGAUCCUCACACUCCUGCACUUCUUUUUGGCGACUACAACCAAUCCGGUAUUCAGUGGCGUUUCUCAGAGAAAGGCUUACCGUACAUUGGCCUAUUGCACUCGCAUAUGUCAACCGCCAGCAGCGCUCUUUUUGACGGGUUUAAUCUAAACGGGUUCAACCAAAUCAACGAUCUGCUGAAUCGAAAUGCUCGCCUGUUGGAUCUUGUUCUCGCCAACGAUAUCGCCACACCAAUCACCACCGUUUCAUCGCCGAUUGAACCUAUUACGGACCUCGACGCUGAUCAUCCCGCCAUUGAAGUUUCUCUCAGAAUACUGACACCAGUCGUCUAUGAAGAGUCUGCUGUACUGCAUUACCCAGAUUUUCGACGAGCAGAUUACAACGUUUUGAACGAUUUACUCUCUCACACAAAUUGGCGCGCUCUUGAUGCAAUUUCCGAUAUCAACGAUGCUGUAGAGUAUUUCAGCGAAGCAGUUGAGUUCGCUAUUUCCUGUGCUGUUCCCCCUAAACGACCUACACAGAAGCCACCUUGGUCUAAUAGUCGGUUACAUCCAUUCAAGCGUGCUCGAUCUGCUGCCCUUCGAAAAUACUACAACUCCCGUUCUGCUUACUUCAAACGCCAGCUAAAUUUUCACAGUAAUAGGUACCGCCACUACAAUCGCUUUCUCUAUACUCGAUAUGUAAGACGAACCGAGGAGAACCUUCGCCGAAAUCCAAAACGUGUUUGGUCGUUUGUUAACUCGGAAACGAAACGAAACCGGCUUACCGCGCUCUAUGUUCUUAGAACAGGAAACAGCCAGCAAUGA